AUGCGGCGCGGUCUCCUACUCUUCGUUCUCGUCAACCUUCUCAUUCUCUCACUCCUGAUCCGCAGUGUCUCGACUCUCCUGUCACUACUAGUCGAAGACGCCGCUGCCGACGCCAUUCACCAUGCAGAGCUGCCAUCACCUAAUUCCAGUCUGAUUGAAACGCGCCCUCAGAUCAUUCCUAAGAUCAUCCACCAGACCUAUAAGAACGAGACCAUCCCCGAGGUCUGGCAGGAGGCUCAGCAGAGUUGCAUUGAUCUGCACCCGGACUAUGAGUACAUUCUAUGGACAAAUGAAAAAUCCCGCGACUUCAUCGCCGCCGAAUAUCCCUGGUUCUUAGACACCUUUGACGGCUACAAGUACCCCAUCCAGCGGGCUGAUUCCAUUCGAUACUUCGUUCUGGCGCACUAUGGUGGCACAUACAUUGAUUUGGAUGACGGUUGCAAUCGCCGUCUUGAUCCCCUGCUUGCUUAUCCAGCUUGGGUGCGCCGUACUGUACCAACAGGUAUCUCGAACGACGCGAUGGGAUCUGUUCCUCAACAUCCUUUCUUCCUGCGCGCCAUCGAAAUGUUGCAGAAGUAUGACCGCAGCUGGCUGCUUCCCUACAUCACGGUCAUGUAUUCGACUGGUCCUCUAUUCCUCUCCGUUAUCUGGAAGGAGUACAUGCAGGAUAAGCCCAGCGAGAUGAACCGGGUACGCAUUCUGAUGCAAGAUGAAUAUAACAAAUAUUCCUGGAGCUUCUUCACCCACCACACUGGAAACAGCUGGCAUGGCAAGGACGCGCGCUUGAUCUUCUGGAUGGGUCAACACUGGGUGUUCCUCACCUUCCUUGGAUUCGUCAUCGCCGGUACUGUGGGUAUCUGCCUCUGGUGGACUUACGGCCGCGUUAUGCUCCUGGGAGCUCAAUACCGUUAUCGCUACACCAAGGUGCCUUCCUUCAUCAGCCCAUCCCGUCUUUCUUCAUCGCCCACCCGGCGUGCGCGAAACAUGAUGCCUUCCCUGCUUCGACGGGUUAGCUUUAAGGAAGACGAAGAAUUAGGCGGGGCUACUGAAACCUCGUAUGAGCUCGGUCGUCGCGACGACUAG